AUGAUAAAUAGCCUCUCUCACCAAAAUCCUGAUUCCUCAACACCAAGUGUUGUAGAUUUGGAACAUGGAGAUUUCCUCCAGAAGAAAUUUCAUCACGUUCAAGUUUCCAUGUUUAAGAAUUAUAAUGUGGGAAAUCUUGCUCAUGUGUUAUACAGAAAAAAAAAACUUGGCGAAAGAUCUUGGUUUCAAUGGCUUCUUAUGCAUGAACUUGAUGAAUUUAUGUGCUCUAUACAUGUUGCUGCUGGUGGUGGACACACAGGUUAUUGUUGAUCGUAAUAGGGAUGAGAUGAAGGAAUCGCUUAAGAGGAACGUGAAGAAUUUUCGACAAAAAACAAGAAAUUGCCAAGAUUACCCAUCUAACUAUACUUCGACACUUUUGAUUUUUGUGAUUUGGUUUCAAUUCUUUAAAAUCGAAUAUGAAUUUUUAUUUUGCUAAUCAAAUAUUAAUAUCUAUUUUGUAUUCCAAUGUUAAUGUUUUGUUUUUGGGUUUCAACAUUUAAAUUACAUUUGUGAAUUCUUGUAUGGAAUGACAAUAGAUUCGACACCAACUAC